UUUUCUAUUUUAUUAGUGAAAAGGCAGAUAUUCCCCAACCAAAACCGCCGUCAGUGACACCACACAUGCCACCCUUUUUCUUUCUCAAGAUUUCAAUUUGAAAUUAAAGAUUGGAUUUUUCAUCUUCAAUUGAGGAGAGGGAGUGAAGUCUCACCGCAAAAAUGAGCGAAGACACCAAGAGGAACGGCACUGGAGAGGCGGCGCCCUCCGUCGACGAUCGGAAGUCCUCAAUCGGAUCGAAUCCCAGCAAGAAAGUCGUCAUCAAGAACGCAGACAUGAAGGAGGACAUUCAGAAAGAAGCUAUUGACGUUGCAAUUGGCGCGUUUGAGAAGUUUAGUGUAGAGAAGGAUGUGGCGGAGUACAUAAAGAAGACGUUCGACAAAAAAUACGGCCCAACUUGGCAUUGCAUCGUUGGCAAGAAUUACGGUUCUUAUGUAACUCAUGAGACGAAUCACUUUGUCUACUUCUAUUUGGACACCAAAGCUGUACUCCUCUUCAAAUCUGGCUGAUCUUGAAUGGAGGCGGACAUUGAAGAUAGGAUGAUUAUGCCAUAGCCGUCUCCUUGCUUUUUGUACGUAUUAUCAUUCACAUAUCUUUAUCCAUGGAAGACUCCCCUCUUCUUGUAUAUUUUGUGUGAAACGUACUGGUUUGGCACUAAGGUGUCGUUAGUUCCCACUUUUUCAUGUCCGUUUUCGCUGUUUGCUCGUUGUUCUUGGAGAUAAAAAUGGUAAAAUGAAUUUAUAAGAAAUCUCUGCUUCUGUAUAGUAGCGCAGGAGUUGUUAUCAUCGUA